GGCAUCCUGGUAUCCACCUCACACCGACUGACACACACACAUAAAAGGGAUUUAGGCACAGGCACUGACUGCCAAUCAGUGUUGGUGUGUCUAGAUACAGAGAAACAGCUGAUUCUUUCAGUUGUGCAGCUGCUUCUCCUUGGGUAAAAAAAAGCGAAAGACAAUAACAAAAAGAGGAGCAAGAGAACAAGCAGAACAAAGUAGAGACAUGCCGCAGAACGUGCUACUACAAGGGCCUGCCCCAUGGGGAUUUCGACUGUGUGGUGGCAAAGAUUUCAACCAACCUCUAACCAUCACCAGGGUGACUCCUGGCAGUAAGGCCUCACAGGUCAACCUGUGCCCAGGAGAUGUCAUCCUAGCUAUUGAAGGAGUCCCAACAGAGGGAAUGACUCACGCUGAGGCCCAAAACAAGAUAAAAGACACCAGUAAUCAGCUCAGCCUCAAAAUAGAGAGGCCUGAAACCAAACUCUGGUCACCACAAGUCAUGGAGGAAGGCAAAGCACACCCAUUCAAAGUCAACCUGGAAGCAGAGCAACAAGACCUUGGCUAUUUUGAACACAAGUUUAAUGUCAGGCCAAAGCCCUUCACACUUGGGGGUCAAAGCAGAGAUAACAAAUCUCAGAGGGUGACACCGAAUGUAGUUCAUGGGACUGCACCAGUUAAUAAUCGCAGUCAGAUUGAAGGCCUGCCUCGUUCCACUCAGUAUAACUCCCCCAUUAACCUGUACUCAGAUCCCAGUCUAUCGGAAGCUCUACACCACACUCAGUUAUCUGCUGUAACUAAUAAACCAGCAACCAGUGGAAAACCCUUGACAUCCAUUGAGGACUCUGAUGUGUACCGAAUGUUGCAGGAGGAUCAUGAAACUCCUCAUGAGCCUCGCCAGUCCGGCUCCUUCAAGGCCCUGCAGGGCUACAUAGAGAGUGACGGUACAAAGCCAUUGGUAACCAGAAGUGUCAAAGCUCCAGUAACAAAGCCCCUUGGAGCUUCGGGAACGCUACAGAAACUUCCACUGUGUGACAAAUGUGGCAAUGGCAUUGUGGGUACAGUGGUCAAAGCCCGGGACAAGUUCCGCCACCCGGCGUGCUUUGUGUGCUCUGACUGUGGCAUGAACCUGAAGCAGAAAGGAUACUUCUUUGUGGAGGGACAGCUGUAUUGUGAGACUCAUGCUCGACUCCGGAUGAGACCUCCAGAGGGACAUGAUCUGGUCACCGUGUACCCUAAUGCUUAAAAGACACAACAGGCUCCAGUCCUCACUGCCUAUUGACGCUGCAACCUUUUAAAGCAUGUAGAUAUGUGAUUGUUGCUUGAACCCUGGUCUGCCAUGUAUGCUCUAGGGGAAAUAUUUACAUUUUGUUGUUAGACGAGUUCUCUUUAACAUAUAAGAGAAUACUUGCUUGACAGAUUCAGUGCCUCAGUUACUGUAGGUGCCCAAUGAAAAACAGCAAGAGAUCCAAUGUACUGUCAUUUUUUUAGUGCUGUUAUAAUGGAACAGCAAAACUGCUUCUUUCAGGUGUAACAUUUAGAUUUUUUUAAAAUGAUGUAAUUUGUUCAAAAAUCUGAUUUCAUACAAAUUCAAAAUAUUCACACGGUCUUAUUUAUUUGUUCCAGAAUAUUUUUUUAAACUUUUUUUUUUAAACGUAACUUUUUUUAACUACUAUUUAUUAACAUUAACAUUAAUACAUGAAAAAAAUUAAACCCGACAAUGUCUUUAAAAACCAGAGUUAAAGAAUUUUGAUAUUUGAAAUUGGACACUUAGUAGCCAUAUAAUCGUUUAAUAAUUAACCAACAGUGUUAGUGAAAUGUUUUGUGAACAGGUUAGGAGAUUCUGGAGAUAUAUAGCAAAGUCCUCUCACACUCUAUCUGCAUCACCAUUUAAUAAAUGAUUUCAGAUGAGACAGAUCCUGCACCACGUCUGCUAUUUUCUCAACUAUUACUAUUUUAUAUUAAAGAUGUUGAGAUUUGUUUUACCAAUUCCUUAAAAAUAAGUAUACUGAGCAGAGUUCAUUGCAAACCUAGAUGAAUUGUUCUUUACAUAACUGGAGGUGGCCAGCCGUCAAAUGGGAUAUUUAGCUACUAGACUUUCUGCACUAUGUAGCUUUGUCCAGGCGGUGGCAGUAUUUGUAUGUUAUAAUUAAAAUCACAAAACUUUUACGAACUAA